CGACUAUAAUAUUACAGCCUUGCAGUCCUACACCGACUAUACAAUAGUUAUAUCUUGUGUCAACAUAAACGGAACAGGGGAGGAAAAGAGCACCACUGUUCAAACGAGCAUGGCUGUUCUGUCACCGCCAAAGAAGUUCUGGGCCUCAGUCAACAGCUCGUCCAGUGUGACCCUGUUCUGGACCCACGCUGACCACCAGGACGGACCGACCACCUACUACAUUACUGUUGGGGAAGCAGCCAACUUAACCUCAGACAGCUUCCAAGAGAAAAUGGUUGUCAGUGUCAGCGGGUUCUAUAGCACAUCCGUGCUGGUUGAGAGUCUACGGAGUUACUGGAAUUACACCUUCAACAUCACAGCAGCUACUCCAGUUGGAAACUCAAGUGUCUUGUCUGUGAAUGAAACUGUCCGGACUAAAGAGUCAGCUCCUGGCAAGGUAGAAAAUCUUCGCAUCCAUCAGGAUCCAGGAAAUUAUACCAGUGUUGAAGUCAUCUUCUCCUGUCCCAAAGAAACCGAAAGACAUGGCGUCAUAAGAUAUUACAAACUGUCGUAUGAAGCUAAGGAGAAAUAUAUAACAAACGUGACAGAAAAUCCCCAAGGAUUAAUGAUUUCAGCUCAACCUGAGUCGAACUGUAACUACUCACAGGUUGUAUCCGUGACACCACAAACAAACUACAAGUUUUCGGUUGUGGCUCAUGAUUCGUUUCCAGGCAGUGAGACAACUGAACGUUAUUUCGAAAAAAUUGGGACGCCAGGGAAGGUAUCGGAUUUCACGAGCACGUCCACCACCAGCACCUCCACCUGCCUGUCCUGGGAACCUCCCACAUACCCCAACGGCUACAUCCUGGGAUACAUCCUGUAUGUCCACACAGAUGAUAGGGAGUGUCAGCAGGCUGUGUACAUUGUCUGCACUGACUGCCAGUCUCAUGGAACCUUCAGAGUUGAGGAUGACAGGUGUCGUCGAUCCCGAAAUGUCACUGUACAAAAACUCGAAACAUCUCCCACCAACUAUGACGUCACCGACCUUUUGUCGUACACUAACUACACCUUCACCGUGGCUGCUGUCAAUAACUUCAGCAUGGGGAUUAACACGUCUCUAGCAGUACAGACAGACAUUGGUGUUCCAUUGGUGCCUGGAAAUCUCUCCGCAUCUGUGGUAAAUGCAUCGUCGGUGGAAGUUACCUGGACUCCCCCAACUCACAAGUCUGGACCGACGAACUACACCAUUAUCCCACAACAGGCUACCGGAAGACUUUCUUCAACGUUCGAGAACAUAAGAAAUGUUACUGUGAACGGUUACAAAUCAUCUAAAACAACCAUUAACAGUCUAUUGAGCUCAUGGAGGUACACGUUCAGCAUCGUAGCCAGUACAUCUAAAAGAGGUUCCCUUCCCGUAGACUUAGGAAGCAACAUCAUAACCCAGGAAUCUCAACCUUGUGAAGUACAGAAUUUGAAAGUCUCAUCGAUUCCUGGCAAUUUCACUGCUGUUCAUCUGGCCUGGGACUGCCCAAAAGAAAGAGAAAGGAACGGCUUUAUCAGGAAUUACACGAUACAGUAUUCGGAUUUGGGAGAAGUAGAUAAGGUUUAUGGCCAUUAUAAACCUGAGGAUCCAUGUGACAAGACACAUAUCGCCAUCUUACCAGUACGACCAGAACACGACUACACAUUCACUGUUUCCGCUAUUGCGAUGUACAGGGGCAAGCCGAAACAAUCAAAUGUGUUCCAUGCCACUGCUGGAAAACCCCUGAAAAAAGAUUCAACGGAAAUAUUCAUCAGCAGAGCAGCACAAAACACAGGCGCUGCCACCGAUACGUCCAUUGUUAUAUCUUUUGAUUCAAAGACGCUGCUCGACGGUACAAAUGGGAAAGUAGUUGAAGCAGGAAUUCUUGUUAUGAAGAAGAGUGAAACACCACCAACGGACCCUGAACAUGUGACUGACUGGGACACAUGGAAGAACUGGUAUUUGUGGAAGAACAGUGGGUAUAAGGGUUCUUACCGCCCAACUCCACAACACUACCUGAUGGCAGCUAGGAUAAGGAGGAGUGCUUCUCCAGGGGAGAGUCUUACUUCUUACUCGGUUGGUGUGGAUGAAAACUGCGACAGUGAAAAAGACCAGUUCUGUAAUGGGCCCCUGGAACCAGACACUGCAUAUAUGGUUGUUGCUGUGUCGUGUACCAGUGCUGGAUGCACAUCCACUGAGCCUUUCGGUAACUUCAAGACAAAACCACUUGAUGAUGUCACACCAUGGAUAAUCGCCUUUGGGGUGAUCACAGCUCUUCUGCUUUGUGUCAUCAUUAUCCUUGUUAUAUAUUUCAAGGUUGUUCAGCCAGUAAAGACACAGAGAUCACGGGGAAAAGGCCCUGCAUUAGAGUUGUCCUUGAGAGGUACAGGACAGAGUGAGGACAUCCCCUUCGAAGUAGCAUGUGGAUCUACUAGUGAUUACCAGGAUACACAUGCGAAUAGAUACUAUGAGAAUGUAGAUAGCAGAAAUCAACACACGUAUGAAUCGUUGGCCAGUCAAGUAAAUGACCACGACAUGCAUUUGUACGAAACUGUGCAGGAUGCUGAUGUACAGACGUCAGAUACUACCUCUUAUAUCUUCCUCACUCUCACCUUCGCCACCAUCAAGUCAAAAUUCACUAUCUACAUCGACAACAUGGACAACAGCAACAUCACCACAGCUAACGUCAACACCAUCUUCACCACCACCACCACCACCACCACCACCGCCGCCGACACCUACUACGACAGACACGCCUUGUAUUAUUCUUGGCAAGUCAUUCUCGAGACUAAAGUAACCAACAUCACAGCGACGUUUGUUGGUGAGACCUACAUAGCUCUUGGAUGGACAAACCCCAACGAUACCAACUUCAACCGAGCCUACAGUCAACGGUCAUAG